CCUCAGUAUGUUCCAAGGGGCAAGCAGUGAGUCGUCAGUACCGAAUGCUCGCCAAGACUGGAGGCUACAUCUGGGUGGAAACUCACGGAACCGUGAUCUACAACAGUCGCAACUCCCAGCCCCAGUGCAUUGUGUGCAUUAACUAUGUCCUCAGCGACAUUGAGGACAAGUCCACAAUCUUCUCCCUGGAGCAGACAGAGUCUCUGUUUAAGCCGCAGCACAUGAGCACCUUCUUCAAUUCAGAAGGUGCAGGUGUGACAGAAGAGGCAUCAGACGCCCUGUUCACCAAAUUCAAAGAGGAGCCCGAGGACUUGGCCCAACUUGCCCCAACACCUGGGGACACGAUCAUCCCUCUUGACUUUGGUUUGUCACCUUCCUUUUACAUACAGUGUAUUGUAGUCAGUGUAAAUCCUGCUGGAUGUUUGUUGUUUGUUCACAGCUUUCGUUAUUUUCCGGACUAUAAGUAG